CUACAGACCGAUGUGGUCCUUGGUCUCCUCGACAAUGAUUUUCAGGGCUUCAUUAAGUGAUAUCAAAUGGAAAAAAUUCCUGGAACUCGAAGUUCCCGAGACCUCACGCAAUCCUUGACCUCGAUGAAUGUUGUGACUCAUUACCGGUACUGGAAUCCGGCCUCGUGAUCUCAUACGAGCUAGAUCCAUAAUGCAGGGAAGCUUGCUUUGUUGAAUUAUAUGGUUAAUUGUUCUCAGUUUCAU